CAUGAUAUUUUGAAUAUUAACUCUGCUUUUGGAGAUUAGUGUUGGAGGUCACCCUCGCCGUUUAUCGUAGGUGAGCCGUCGACCUUUGGUGUGCAAAUUGGUUGGAGGUACGCGGCCAGGCAUACGGCAUCUUCAAUAUACAUCUUCAACGACUCAGUAACGAGGAUACGACUGACUAUGGCGGCAAUUUCUACAACGCAGCAAAAACAUGAAGAUGAACAGAUUGAGAAAAUACCGAUUUCAAACGCCACGAAAGUUGCUAUAAAGGACUUUUUAGAUAAGAUUUCGGGUAAACUGGCGGGAGGAGGAAAUCGUGGGGAUUUUUUCUACACGAAUUUCGUGGCUGUCAAUGAUCUUCGUUGUACGUUAUCUGAGUGCUCUGCUGAACGCGAUCUACUGCCUGGGUUAUUCAAAUCAGCCGCACGCGCACGAUGUAAUGACGUGCACGAGGGGGAAUUGGCCUGGGACGUCUUCAAAAACUCUAUUGAUAAGUUACAGAUGGCAUGUGAGGAUGGCUAUUAUACAAGAAUGGACAAACGUCUGGCUGCUAUCCUCGAGUACAUGGAUCACUACAAUGAAGUAGUACUAGUAGAUGAAGAUCAUAAAGUAGUAGAAGGAACAACAAAUGGAGAUGUGUACCAAAUUAAGAAGAAGAUUAAAGAUGCUAAGUGCGUCUAUGAAAGUGAAAUGGUCACACUACUUGUCAACCAUGUGCUGAAGCCGCUUGCACCUGAUUGUGCAUGUUAUCUCGAUGACCAGACUGCACAUAAGCUGACUGAGUGCUUCUGCGGAUGUGGAACCAGUGUGAAUUAUACUAACACUAGUAUUGGCUGCAACAAGGUUUUUCAUGGACGAAUUGAUGCUAUUGUGGGUACCGUUCCAAUUGUUGCAAGAAACGUUAUUGGCGAUGAAGAUGAAGAAGAAACAAAUGACGCUGAACCUCCAAGAAAGAAGUUUUAUCCGGACCAUCGUUCCUCCAUUGGCAUUGCCCAGGAGUAUAGUGACAAUAAGGCAGGUGUUUCUGCAAUGAGUCAAGCAACAGCCACUUGUAUUGUAUUUUCAUUUUAUCGGCAGUAUAAUUCUGAUGGGCAACAGGUAAAGAAACCUCAGAGGGGACUGUGCCCUACCAUCCUUCUCUCUAAAAAACGGUUUUCAGUUUUUCUGUAUGAUUCUGUAAAUGACAUACUCUUAAGAACUCAACCCAUACUUCUGCAAACUGAUGGCAUUCUUGAAGAGUAUGCUCUAUUCUACCUUUGGUGUGUCCUGAGUUGUGACUUCAUAUGUCCUGAUGAACGAGCUCUAAAAUUCAGAUCUGGUUUCCAUGAAAAAUCCUCAGGCAUUCACUACUAUCGGGAGCACCUUAAGCUUGAUGCCCACUGUCAGUCACAUAAGGAACAAACGGAUGGAAGUAAUAUGAUAAUGCUUUCAAAAGUCCCAAGUUAUCUUGAACCAGCAAAAUUUACUUGUCCUGUUAGUACAUAAGACACGAUAAUAUGGCCAGGGGCAUUUUCCCAAGUCAGUUUACUGCAGUAAAAAACAGCGCUGUAGUAUGUCUCAGGUAAAGUCAUUGCAGUUAGUGAUAACCUUUCACAUUGACGUUUCAUUGAAUAACUAGUUUUCUGCCACUUACUUUCUAACAGACCCAGUUUAUGCCUUGAGUUUGACGGCGUUGGCGAGUUGAACGGCGCAGAGGGGGUGUUUCUAUUUCAUUGACGGUUCUAUUACGUGUUGACCACGUGAAUGUCGCGUGCGGGAACUGGUUGAAUAUCAGCGGCAUUGUGAGGCUGACAC